GCCCGACCGGAGUUGCGCCGCAGCUGCCUGGGGCGCGACGAGGAAGUGCAGGCCUCUGCUCCUAGGGGCCCUCGGAUGGCGCUGCGAAGAACGAUCGCGGCGAAGCCCGCAGCCACAGCCCGCCGCACCUGCCGAGGCCCCGAGCGGCCCCGGCUAAAGUCCCUGCAGAUGCUUGCUCUGUCAAGGCGCCGCCUAGAGUCUCCUUCACUCAGAGUGACAUCAUUCAGACGCUGCUACAGAGGUGACAGCCCGACGGAUUCCCAGAAGGACAUGAUUGAAAUCCCUUUGCCUCCGUGGCGGGAGCGAACUGAUGAAUCCUUAGAAACCAAAAGAGCCCGGCUGCUCUAUGAGAGUAGAAAGAGGGGAAUGCUGGAAAACUGCAUCCUACUUAGCCUCUUUGCUAAGGCACAUCUGCACCACAUGACAGAGAAACAACUGAACCUCUACGAUCGCCUGAUUAAUGAACCCAGUAAUGACUGGGAUAUUUACUACUGGGCUACAGAAGCAAAACCAGCCCCAGAAAUAUUUGAAAACGAAGUCAUGGUCCUGCUGAGAGACUUUGCUAAGAACAAAAACAGAGAGCAGCGACUGCGGGCCCCAGAUCUCGAAUACCUCUUUGAAAAGCCACAUUGAGCUGAGCGCCACUGCCUGCCCGGCCUCGGUCCGCGGAUGCUCACUGCUUAUGAUGGUUAUUGGCCUUGAUGUCCUGCUUCUCCUUAGACGCUCAGCCCACCCAGACCGUUGGUCCUGCCUCCAAUGAUGGACCCGCCUCUCUCCUGAGGACAUGUAAAUGUUCAGUGUAUCUCAUCCUAAGACCUUGUGCUUCCGUUCUAAGCCUCAAAGCGAUUUGUCUAAGUUACGGGUGUUCGGCCCCGACUAUCUGUGACUCCACAGGAGGGCACUGUAGGGGAAGCGGUUGUGCCAGGCUCGUUGCUUCCGCCAUCAGUGAGCUGAGUGCAGGGGGGCAGCCAGCUCUUCGUGCUGUGUCGAAAGCUCCCCGGGUGACCCAGGGCUUUGUUCCGGUGAAAUUCCCCCUUCCAACCUGGGAUGGUUCUUUCUGCCAAGGGAAGCUGAUCCAACCCCCUGAGCGGAAUCCUUCAAAGGCCCAGCAGGCAGAGUGAGGUCAGCGGGCAGGAAUGGUGUGGGCGUGCUGCUUAAGAGUCGGCACCCUCAUCAGAUUUUCUCUGAAGUGCUCACUUCGUAAAUUGAACGAUAAUUGAAUAUUAAAGAGUAUUUUAAAAAGGAAAA